GGAACCUCUAAAAGGGCGCGCAUCUGGCGCCUCACACGGAGUGGAAACCUCACCUACAGUGUGCGAGUGAAUCGGUACAGACGUCACGUGAGCUGCCACGUAUUUCUCUUUCUCGUGACUUCCAUGCACCCCAUUUAUAUGACAUUCGAUUUAUUUUGUGAAAUACCAACAACUUCGUCGCAUAAUCAACUUCCAUUUCACACUGUUGAUUAAUUAAUUAAUACGCAUCUUUCCGUUCACGAUGGCCUCCUCCGAAAUAACACUCUUCGCAAACGAUUUAAUCUCCGAAGAAUGCCAAAAUUCCCUCCCGGAAGGCUAUAAAUUCCGUGCACUCCAACGCUCGGAUUUCCAUCGUGGAUAUCUGGGUGUUCUUCGAGACUUAGCAUAUGUAGGACCCAUUACAGAAGAACAAUGGGAAGAAAGAUUCGAUGCGAUGAAGAAGUGUGAGGAUACCUAUUAUGUGUUGGUGAUUGUGAAGGAGAAAGGGGGUGAAAACGAUGGAGAGUUUAUCAUGGGGACUGGUACAUUGGUUGUGGAGAUGAAAUUCCUUGGAAAUCUGGGACUACAGGGUCAUGUGGAAGAUGUGUGUAUCUCGGCGGAUCAUCAGGGACAGCAGUUUGGAACGAAACUUAUUAAAGCAUUGGAUCAUAUUGCCUCCGAAAGAGGUUGUUACAAGAGUAUACUGGACUGCGGUGCUAAAAAGAUACCCUUCUAUGAAAAGUGCGGUUAUGAAGGUAGAGGAUUUGAAAUGCAUCAUUACCAUGAUCCUGAAAAUGAGGCUGCGUUGAAUGGAGUUUGAUUACUAUAAGUUUUGUACGAGGUCUUAGAAAUGGUGUUUUAAUGUUCAUGGGGUCUACUGGCAGCGAGGAAAGUAUCAACUGCUGUAGACAAUGGUAUCGAAAUCCAUUUUGAUCAACCUCGCCACCUCCAACGAUGUCUCUUUUCAAUGAUUUUUUGUCUUUUGAACAAUCUUGUUUUUCCCCUCAACGAUUACUCAGACAGUUGAUCUAACCCAUCGAUUGUAUUUCUCAAAUGGCACACA